CCUGCCUUUCCACCGCUUCCUCCUCUGGAAAAGAAGAACCCUGACCCCCACGCAGGAGGUAAAGCCUGUUCGGAGCUCCGGACAUCUGCAACCCGGAGAUUACUGGUCAUCGGCGUCUUCGGGCCGGUGAGCAAGCCGAGGGGAGCUAGAGGGAUGGGGAGCGGCGCUGGGCUCAGGGGCUGGGCUGAGCGGCGGCCGGUGCUCUUUCCCUGGCUGCUGCUGUCUUUGUUGUGCCCGGUGCUGUCGGAGCCGAUCCGCUACACGAUUCCCGAGGAAAUGCCCGAGGGCUCGGUGGUGGGGAACCUCGCCAAGGACCUGGGACUCAGUGUCCGCGAGUUACCGACUCGAAAACUGCGCGUCGGUUCUGAGAAGCCUUACUUCACUGUGAGCGCAGAGCGCGGGGAGUUACUUGUGAGCAGCAGGCUGGACCGGGAGCAGAUGUGCGGGAAGAAGCCAGUUUGUGCUUUGGAAUUUGAGGCGGUUGCUGAAAAUCCGUUGAACUUUUACCACGUGAGCGUGGAGAUCGAAGAUAUUAAUGACCACACCCCCAAAUUCUUGCAAAGUUCCUUUGAGUUGCAAAUUAGUGAGUCCACAAAGCCUGAGGCACGAUUUAUCUUAGGAUCUGCCCAAGAUGCAGAUAUUGGUACCAACUCACUACAGAAUUACCAGCUAAGUCCCAAUGAUCAUUUCUUACUCGUGAAUAAGGAAAAAUUAGAUGGUAGUAAAUACCCUGAGCUAGUACUGAAGAUGCCUUUAGACCGGGAGGAGCAGAAGUCCUACCACUUGACCUUGACUGCCCUGGACUGCGGGGAUCCACCCCUAAGCAGCACUGCACAGAUACAAGUCCUAGUGACUGAUGCCAAUGAUAACCCUCCAGUGUUCAGCCAAGAGCUCUACAGGGUGAGCCUACUGGAAAACGUGUUCCCAGGCACCACUGUGAUUCGAGUGAUGGCCACUGACCAGGACGAGGGUGUCAAUGCUGAGAUCACCUUCUCUUUCACUGAAGCAGGCCAGAUCACUCAGUUUGACCUGAAUUCUACUACUGGGGAAAUUAUUACUCGACAUAUGUUAGAUUUUGAGGAAGUCAAAGAGUAUUCCAUAGUUUUGGAAGCUAGGGAUGGUGGUGGAAUGAUUGCCCAAUGUACUGUGGAGAUAGAAGUCCUAGACGUAAAUGAUAAUAUCCCAGAAGUGUUAUUCCAGUCUCUACCAGAUCUUAUCAUGGAGGACACCAGGCUCGGAACAUAUAUUGCUUUACUUAAAAUCCAUGACAAGGAUUCUGGAGAUAACGGAGAAGUAACUUGUAAAUUAGAAAGUGAUGUUCCGUUUAAAUUGCUAACUUCUUCAAGAAACACGUAUAAAUUAGUGACAGAUGAAGUUCUAGACCGGGAGCAGAUCCCUGAAUACAAUGUUACCAUCACAGCCACCGACAAAGGCAAGCCACCCCUCUCCUCCAGGACCACCAUCACAGUACACAUUGGAGAUGUCAAUGACAACGCCCCGGUUUUCCAACAGUCCGCCUACCUGGUUCACGUGCCAGAAAACAACCCUCCAGGGGCCUCCAUAGCACAGGUCAGCGCCUCCGACCCCGACCUGGGACCCAACAGCCAGGUCUCCUACUCCAUCGUGGCCAGCGACCUGGAGACACAGGCGCUGUCGUCCUACGUGUCCGUGAACCCACAGAGCGGCGUGGUGUUCGCGCAGCGCGCCUUCGACCACGAGCAGCUGCGCACCUUUCAGUUGACCCUGCAGGCUCGCGACCAGGGCUCGCCCGCGCUCAGCGCCAAUGUCAGCCUGCGCGUGUUGGUGACCGACCGCAACGACAACCCGCCAAGAGUGCUUUACCCGGCGCUGGGGCCCGACGGCUCUGCGCUCUUCGACACAGUGCCGCGCGCCGCUCAGCCCGGCUACCUGGUCACCAAGGUGGUGGCGGUGGACGCGGACUCGGGACACAAUGCCUGGCUAUCCUACCACGUGCUGCAGGCCAGCGAGCCUGGACUGUUCAGCCUGGGGCUGCGCACGGGGGAGGUGCGCACAGCGCGGGCUUUGGGUGAAAGGGACGCGGUGCGUCAGCGCCUGCUGGUCGCUGUGCGAGACGGGGGACAGCCGCCUCUCUCGGCCACUGCCACGCUGCUCCUGGUCUUCGCCGACAGUCCUCAAGAGGUACUGCCAGACCUCAGUGAUCGCCUCACACCCUCUGACCCCCAGGCUGAGCUACAGUUUUAUCUGGUGGUGGCCUUGGCCUUGAUCUCGGUGCUCUUCCUCUUGGCGGUGAUUCUGGCGGUUGCCCUGCGCCUUCGACGCUCCUCCAGCCCCACCACCUGGAGUUGCUUUCAGCCGAGUCUCUGUACUAAGACUGGACCUGUGGUUCCUCCCAACUACAGCCAGGGAACAUUGCCCUAUUCCUACAAUCUGUGCGUUGCCCAAGCUGGAAAGACAGAGUUUAAUUUUCUAAAAUGUAAGGAACAGUUGAGUUCAGAACAAGAUAUACUUUGUGGUGAUUCAUCUGGGGCCUUAUUUCCACUUUGUAAUUCCAAUGAGUCGACUUCCCAUCAGGUGAGUUUCCUUUAA